UUUCAAUUGUUUUAUUUUCAGAUAUGGCACUUUGCAAAUACUGUCUGGCCGCAAAAGACGAAAGUGCGUUUAUGCAUGAGAAAACAUUUUAUUUUAUUUUUUCAAUGCGCUCUGUACUGUUCUAAAUAAUUGAGCGACUUGUUUGUUGUAUUCACUGAUAAUGUUUUUAAAUCCUGCCUUUUGUUGAUUCAUCAUUUAUGACACUCAAUAUUUAUUGCAAUUUUUUAAAUUAUUGAGCCUCAUUGAUUCAUGUUGAUUCAUUAUUUAUGAUACUCAAUAUUUAUUGCAUUUUUUUUAUUAUUGAGCCUCAUUGAUUACCUUGCAAUACCUACUUAGCAACUCCAAAAUGUGCCGGAAAUUUUAUCUCUCGAUUGCCUUCUGCUAUCUUUUAUCAAAGGACAGUCAAGCCUCUUUCAACCCCGCCCGGAAGAAAGACGACUGCCAGAAUGGCUUCACCAAAUCCUUCUUUGAUGCCCAGUUUCAAAACCAGAGAAAACAGGUGGGACAGGUUUUUGACGAUUACUGCUACACGCACGAUCUCUCAACAUGGUACUGCUGCCUUGACGAAUCAUUACUUGAUGGAGUAUCCUACAUAGAAAACUAUACAAUAGAAGAAGUAAAAGGAAUAAUUUUGUCACCGGAUGAAGUUUCUCAAGCUGGAGCUAAACCUGUGGUCUGGGAGUCCUUCCCCGUGGAUUACAAAGCAUCUAUCGUGAAUCUACAACAGUGCGUUUCAUUCUCGACGCCUGCCAGUGGAGCUGCAGUGAAAGUGCGACUGAACUACACGACUGAAACAGAGUUCGGAAUCAGAGAUCGAUCUGCUCUGUAUUACGCCAACUUUGCUAAUCCGAACAUGCCUUUUACCGUUCAAUACCUGAUGAAAGAUUCGCAAAUAUCAGUAGUCGACAACAACCUGGUCAUUACAGUGAAGGCUUAUGACAACCUUCCAGUUCAUUACAAUCCCAAUUGGCAACUAUGCUACUGCAUCAUAUCAUCACAACAUUCAAACCACUGCCAGAUUAAAGAUUUGGGGUCGAGCAGCCCCGAUAUAAUGAUUAACGAUACUCACACCAAACUGCCGGCUCGUGAUUCCUUUGAAGUGUGUGUUGCCCUUGCUGCCAAGUACCCGGGAACGUUCGGCUACAACCGAAGCUGCGAGAAGUUUGAUCUGCAAGAAGGGUCACUUAUAUCAUGGACUACAGUUGCUGUGCUAGUUAUAGUGCUAGUUAUAGCGUUAAUCUUAGUGGUGAUUUCUUUCGCCUUCUUUCGCUACCGAAGACUAUCCAAUGGCAGCCAUCUUGAUCAGCAGUCAUCGACACAAAAAAUUCCUACGGACGAUGAAGAAAUUUCAAUUGGAGAUAAGCAAGACAACCAUUACGCGCAAUUGAACUACGAAGGUGUAUACUGUUAUGAUUACGAUUCCAUAUCUCCAGAUAUUCCACAACGUCAGACCCUUGAAAACAAACCACUGCUUGAUUCAGUCAGCUCUACAGAUUCGGCCAUUGGUCAAGAUCUCUCUUCCGCCCAGACUGACAGGGACGGAGCUCCUAUGUACCAGGACUCAACAACUGGGAAUUCAAGUGGUCCAUCAGAAAUCGGAAGACGCGAUAGCGAUAACAACAGGGCGUACAAAGAGAAUAGUGGUAGUGAUUCGGGAGACACGAGUAACUAUGGCUCCCAAACGUCAAGUAGUUUCUCAAAUACAUCUGAAGAAGAUGCUAAUUCAAAUGGUGGGGAUGCUCUGAAUCAGGCGUAUAAUGUACCAGGGUUUAAUCGAAAUCUAACGGAACAAAGUGAAGUCGAACCACUGAGCGAAGAAGGUUCAAUUGAGGUAACUUCAGCGACAGAUAGUAGGAAUAAAACAGUGGACCUUUACUCGUCGAAUAAGAUGUAAUGAGACGAAAUUGUGUGAUGAGUGUCAUAUUGAAAAUGAUGUUGAAGAUACUCGUGUGGAUCCUUUGACGUUUCAUUGAAAUUUAAUAAUUGAAGCGCGCCUAAUUUUGUACAAAACUGAAACUGGUAUUAUUACUAAUUUUCAAAGGUCAAUGAACGUAGUUUAGACACCUAAAUAGAUCUAAAUUUUUUGUCUUCUUUUUUUCAGGAAAAAUUUUAAAAUUUGAUCACACUCAUUUUCGAAGUUCAGCUCAUUUCUUUUGUUAAAAAAAAGGCAAACUCGGCUAUCGAGCUGCAAAUGUGUAAAGGUUAAGAAAAACGUGAUUGACUUCUAGUUUUCAAGUGGAUUUCAAUUAGAGGAAUAAGCGGAGUUUUCUCGAAAUAGAUUGAUUUCAUCAAAAAUAUGUCGAUCAUAAAUUGUUUGAAAUUCAAAGAGCUUUACGGGAACAUAUUUUUUCUUUGAAGUUCGAAUUUAAAAGAUUUUUUUAAUUAGUCAGAUUUGUAUGUGUUUUCUUGCAGCCAUUUACACUUUUCCAACUGUCUGUUGGCUAUGUUUUAUAUUUUCUAUAUUGAGUCAGAGGUGUGAUUAAUUUAAUUUGAUCAUAUUUAA